GCGGCGCGAGGAGCGCGGCCCGGAAAAGCCGGCGGGGCGCGCGCGGUGCGUGGUUCGGGCUGCCCGCUCCGCGGUACGGGGCGCGCGCUGCCGGGCAUGGGGCCGCCGCGGGAGUGAGCAGCGCGGCCCGUCCUGCGCCCGCCAUGACCUGCACCAUCGAGAAGAUCCUCACGGACGCGAAGACCCUCUUGGAGCGGCUGAAGGAGCACGACACCGCAGCCGAGUCGCUCAUCGAUCAGUCCGCCGUCCUGCACCAGCGCGUGGCCGCUAUGAGGGAGGCGGGCGCGGCGCCGGCCGAGAAGGGCAGCGCGGCGGCGGCGCCCGCAGCCGCGUCCCGGCGGGCCCGGAGCGCCCCGGCAGAUGGUGCGGACGGCUCUCGGCUGCGGCCGCACAUGCUGCUGUGCCAGGAGAACACGCAGAUCCGCGACCUGCGGCAGGAGAACCGCGCGCUGUGGAUCUCUCUGGAGGAGCACCAGGACGCGUUAGAGCUCAUCAUGAGCAAAUACAGAAAGCAGAUGUUGCAGCUGUUGCAAGGGAGGAAAGGUGAAGAUGCGGAACCAGUCCUGAAAGUUCAUCAGGCCAACUCUGUGGAAAUUGAAGGUCAAAUAGAUAGAAUAUGUGAGAUGGGUGAAGUGAUGAGAAAAGCUGUACAAGUGGAUGAUGAUCAAUUUUUUAAGGUUCAGGAGAAACUAGCUCAGCUGGAGCUUGAAAACAAAGAGCUCCGUGAACUAUUGUCAAUCAGCAAAGAAUCCUUUGAGGUCGGGAGAGAAGAUAUGCGUGACAGCGAAGCUUAGGUCACAAAAUAUCCAAAUCUUGACUUCAGAGACUGUUAUGAAGCCGCCCACAAGGAUGAUCUGUAACUCCUUCUUUCAGGUGUUUCACAUUUGUUUUAUCUAUCCAAAUGUGGGGCCUGUUUUCUCUGUUCUGAAAUCACGUACUCCUGAUGGCAAAGGCUUGCAUUGCUGCUCUGUCUUGUUAACUGCAGCGUACAAAUGCAUAACAAUGAAGUACUUUUGGUGCACAGUCUUUUGUGACAGUUUAUCUCGUGAGUGUUAUUUUUGAUAAGCUUUAGUCAGCAAUUCCAACUGUGCAGAUGUUACUUAAAACUGCCUCUUCAGUACCUGGUGAACAUAAUGCAGGUUAGGGUUAUUUUAUUUGCUAGAAGGAAUAAGAUAACUUGAAAACUACGUUAUAAAUAAUAGGUUCACAUCUUGCUUUGCCUGCACAGAGUGGGCACAUGGAGCUUUUGCUUUGCUUUGAAGACACAGCGCUCAGUAUUUGGUCAGAUUAACAUUCAUACUUGAAAAUCUGCUAAGAGGCAGAUCAAGAGAAUAUCAGAUAGCCAACAGAGCACUUUAAUUACUAACUGGUAUCAGGAGUAUAGUUUCUCUUGCUUUAGAGAAGACCAGUGAGAAUAACCCUUCCUCACACAUCAGCAUUUUUUACUUUUAUUGCAGAUCUGAGGCUUUUUUUUUGCUGUAGGCAGACCUGUUCUUUCUUCACCUGUGCUUUGAGGUGUAUGGAUGCUGGCUAGCUCUGAUCUGAAGGCAAUGUACUCAAGUCAAGAUAGUUUCUAUUACAGAGAAUACAGUGCUUUCAGAUCAAAGCUGUUUGGCCUCCCACCACUUUGACUUUCAGGAAGGGUGAGGUGUGCCUCAAUUUAAACCAAAACCAACCACAUAGACAGGUUUUUAAUGUCAUAUUGCAGGUAAGUCUAGUGACAGAUGUUAGUCAUUGCAAAAUCCUAUACUGGGUGCAAUUGAAGUUGCAGUAUAGUAGGAUUUUAUCAAUAUUGUGAUGUUUUUCAGUGGCAUUUUAAUGUUGUUUUUUGGUCUUUCUUGCCUGCGAUCAAGAAAAUACUUCAGUAACAGUAAGCAUCUAAUUGUUAAUAUUAGAUUUUUUUUUAAUGCUGUUUUUACCUGUGCAAGAAUUUUGAUAGAUACAGGAGGCGAUUUUGGUCUCUGCAUAUAAUGAGACCAUUUGGAAUAUGCAGAAAAAAGUGUUGAGCUGAUAGAAGGGAUUCCUGUUCAGGAGCACUGUACAGAAUUCUUUCCUAAAAUAAUUUAAGAGGGAAUAAAAAUCUCUUCAGGCGCUC